AUGACAACCCCAAACGCAAAUCCGAUACCAUUAUUUCGACCUUCCAAAAAGCGCAAGGUUUAUAGACAGCGAAAUCAUGAUGAUGAUUUUGAAACUGGAAUCGAACAAUCAAUACCCGCGCCUGCACCCGCACUUACGUCCGCGGAACAGAGUUUGGAUGAAUUAAUUUCAUCGAAUUCAGUUCCUAUUAAGAAAGAAGAAGAAGAAGAGGAAGCAGGAAUAAAAGAUACUUUAGAUAUGGCAGAAAUUUUGCGCUUGCGAAAACAACGAAGGAAAAUCGGAGGAGUGGAAUUUAGAGCCGAAUCUAAAAUUCGAGAAGAAAAUGAUACCGAUUCAAAUGGAGAUACGCUGGUCAAAUUCGAAGAAAAGGAUACAGAGGUAGUACAGCCAGAGGGUGGACUUUCUAUGCGACGAUUUGCGCCGCAGUCGGGAGUCGUGAAUAGUGGUGUUGAUAAACAUAUGAUGGCAUAUAUAGAAUCGAAACUGGGACAUAAUUCUCAGUCUGUUAAUUCUCCAUUCACGCAUCCAGAAUCGGGAACUUCGAAGAAUGAGAUUUCAACACUGCAAUCUAAAGAACCUCAGAGAGCACCUACUACAAUGGGUCAAUUACUCGAAAUUGAUCUUGGGGAAGAAGCUAGAGUGAGGAAUGCGCAUCGAACAGAAAUGGCACGGAGAAAGGCAGCAGGAGAAUCUAUUGAUCUUGAAGAGUUUGCACAAAAUCCUCCAUCAAAGAGCCGUCUAGGUCGCGAUGGGAAACCCUGGCGUGGACGCAAAAGAAGAGGAAGUGAUGAUAUACAACGAGACGCUUUGGUUGAUGCUAUCUUACACGAAAACCGCCUAGAUAUCUACGAACCUGUACCUUCAUCAUCAUUAUUAUCCAAAGAAGUAGAAGGACCCAAUGAUGAAAUUUUAGCGGAAACAUUCCGUAAAGAUUGGGAAGAAGCUAGUUCUCAUGCAUUACUACAGAGACAACAGCAAAUGUCUGAAAAAGCAGCUAAGGAGAAGAAGAAAGGAAGUCAGGAAAAGACAGAAGAGGAAUUAUAUAUGAAAGGACCGAAGUUGGGAGGUAGUAGGAGUGCGAGAGCAGCGAUGAGGGAAGCGAUGUUGAAGGGGAAGGGGGUGAAGAGCUGA